AUGGUGGCCGGUGCCCGCGGCGGCUGCGCGCAGGCGGGGGCUGCCGGGCACGGCCUCCUGGCCCUGCUGCUCGUGGUCUGCGCCCCGCUCCGGCUGCGGGCGGACGAGCCGGGCGAUGGCUGUGGGCACAUAGUGUCCUAUAAGGACAGUGGCACCAUGGCAUCCAAGAACUAUCCACGGACGUACCCCAAUCACACGACGUGUGAGAGGACAAUCACAGUACCGAAGGGGAAGAGGUUGGUUCUGAGGUUAGGAGAUUUGGAUAUUGAGUCCCAGACCUGUGCUUCUGACUACCUGCUCUUCACCAGCAAUUCCAAUCAGUACGGACCAUAUUGUGGAAGUAUGAAUGUUCCCAAAGAACUCUUGCUGAACACAAAUGAAAUAACUGUUCGCUUUGCAAGUGGAUCCCACACUUCUGGGCGGGGCUUUUUGCUGACCUAUGCCAGCAGCGACCAUCCAGAUUUGAUAACGUGUUUGGACCGAGCUAACCAUUAUUCGGAGACAGAGUACAGCAAAUUCUGCCCAGCUGGUUGUAGAGACAUAGCAGGAGACAUUUUUGGGAACAUGGUGGAUGGAUAUAGAGAUAACUCUUUAUUGUGCAAGGCGGCCAUCCACGCAGGCAUAAUUGCAGAUGAACUGGGCGGUCAGAUCAGCGUGUUCCAGCACAAAGGGUUAAGUCGAUACCAAGGAAUCCUGGCCAAUGGUGUACUCUCAAGGGAUGGUUCCCUGUCAGACAAGCGAUUUCUGUUCGCCUCCAACGGUUGCAGCACAUCCUUAAGUUUGGAAACAGACGGGCACAUCAGAGAUUCUUGGCAGUGGGUCGAUGAGUUUAGAGAACAAGUUCAUUGGUCUUCUGGCCAAGCCCGACGUCAGGACCAAGGCCCAUCAUGGUCUUUGGGGGGCAGCAGCAAGAACCACAAACAAGAAUGGCUGGAAAUAGAUUUGGGAGAGGAGAAGAAAAUAACAGGAAUUAGGACCACAGAAUCCACACAUCCAAAUUUCAACUUUUAUAUUAAGAGUUUUAUGAUGAACUUCAAAAACAACUCCAAGUGGCGGACCUACAAAGGAAUUGUGAAUAAUGAAAAAAAGGUGUUUCGGGGCAACUUUAAUUUUCGGGAUCCAGUGAUGAACAGUUUCAUCCCUCCCAUCGUGGCCAGAUACCUGCGGGUCAUCCCCCAGACACGGCACCAGAGGAUCGCCUUGAAGGUGGAGCUCAUUGGUUGCCCAAUUACACAAGGUAACAAUGAUUCAUUGGUGUGGCGCAAAACCAGUUCCGAUUCAACAGAAAGAGAAGACGAGACAAUCACAAAACUCAUCCCCUCUGGAGAAAUGUCCACAGGAACGAAGGUCGCAGUGGUGGCUGCUCUGCUGCUGCUCCUUGCCCUGCUGAUUGUUGGAAUCCUUGCGGUCCUUAGAAAGAGGAAGAAGAAAGGAACUCCUUAUGCAUCCACUAAAGCCCAAAAAACAGACUGUUGGAAGCAGAUUAAACAUCCCUUUGCCAGACAUCAGUCGGCUGAGUUUACCAUCAGCUAUAAUAAUGAGAAGGAGGUGACACAAAAGUUAGAUCUCAUCACAAGGGAUAUGGCAGAUUACCAGCUGCCUGUCAUGAUCGGCACUGGGACGGUCACGAGGCAGGGCUCCACCUUCCGGCCCAUGGACACCGAGGCCCGGGAGGCCGGGGCCAGCGCCGAGGCCGGCAGCCACUACCGCUGCCCUCUCCCCGGCAGCCACGAGUACGCGCUGCCCUUGACCAACCCCGAGCCCGAGUACGCCACGCCCAUCGUGGAGCGGCACCUGGCCCGGGCGCACACCUUCUCGGCGCAGGGCGGCUACCGCGUGCCCACGCACAAGCACUCCCUGUCUUCUGGCAACUUCUCUGCAGCCCCCGCCGCCGGAGAGGGCGCCGCGAACCCGGGCUAUCAAAGUCCACAGAGCCCGGUGCUCACCGGCCCCGACCCCGGCUACGAUCAGCCCAAAGCCGGGGGCUGCUUAUCCGCGGAGUGUGCACAGCCCGACUGCCAGCCUCCCACGCAUGAUGCUUACUCAGCCCCCCGAGACUGCCUCAAACCCCUCAACCAGACGGCCGUGACCGCUCUGCUGUGAACACAAGUGAACACAAUGUGAAAAGCCUGCUGUGGUACUGAGCACCGGGCUGUGCGCGGCGCUGGCGGAAGGGAGCUGUGUGUGUGAGUGUAUGUGAUUGUGAGUGUGUGUGAUUGUGAGUGUAUGUGUGAGUGUGUGUGUGAGGGUAGGUGUGAGUGUGAGUGUAGGUGUGAUUGUGUGUGUGUGAUUUAAUAGGAUCCUGCGGUGGAGUCCCAGCGACCACCUCUCAUACUGUUUACAAAGUUGUGCAGUUGGUUUUGUUCUGACCCUUUGGGCGGGAGUCUGUUGGGUUUUGUUAGGCUAGAAACAUUUUUGUUAGACAUGAAAAUGUUUAGAGGGCAUUUUCAUGUCUCUAACUGUGAUAUUGAGCUGCUCUGGUGUGCAAUGUGCAGUCUGUACAGAGUUGUAUUUAACAAGAGUGAAAGUAACUUAAGUCCGCUUUAUCGGAUUUGAGUUCUGCACGGAGGUUAAGCGGGAGAGUGCAGCUGUUGCAAAAACGUAUAUAAUACUGUGUUCACUUUUCAAAGAUAUUUCCUCUGAUACUGUGUUAGCAGCGGGUCUGUUUAAACUAAUUCUUGUUAUUGUGUCUCAUUUCCUUUCCUUUGAUAACUAGAACUAAAAGCAUUGUUAGCAUUCUUCUCCUGGAAGGAAUUAAAUUACUUGAAGCAUGAAAAGCACACCAGGGUGGUUGUUAACAAUUAUGAUUGUAGAUUAAACACACACACACACACACACACACACACACACACACACACACACACACAACCACCUCAGCAACUGCUGGUCCUUUAGAUUCCGGUGCAGGUGGGGAUGUGCAGUGGCGGGUCUGGGCCUGCACUGGGCAGGCCUCUGCCUGCAGGGGACCUCCCUGCCCUGCCCCAGAGACCUGCAUCCCAGAGGAACUGGCCUUCAUCACACUUUGCUUCUUACUCAGGUCAGACCUGGCAGAGGCUGGCUUUCACAUGCACAUCCGCCUUUACAAACUACCUGCAAAGCCAAAUGCUGAGACUGGCAGCAACCCAGAGGGCAGGCUCUCCCAACGAAAUGAAGGUGGCACAGCAAUUCCAGUCUGAAUCACUGUGUCGGGUGCUGUUGUACCUCAGAGUAAAAGUAUUGCUGAGGCCAGACGCCCACACUCUUCGUGCCUUUUUUCUCUUUUCCAGAAAGAGCACAUUGUACUCUGUGUGUUCUCACAGAAGCGGCCGAGGCCGAAUCUAAGUAGACCUCUUUAUGCUGAGGUGGUUGGGAACCGAACUGAUUUUGUAAGAAACACUUUUCCGGAGAAUUCCCCAUGAGCCCAGACCUCGGCUGUACCUCAUCUCCAGUGGCUUUUAUUUGAGUUUGCUUCGUGAGAUCACUGUGGGGGAUUUCACCUCUUUUGCCAAAGAGGAAAAUAUGUUUGUUUGUUUUUAUAGAACAUAUGGACCCCAAAAAAUCCUUUCUCUAAAUAAUGUAUUAUAAUCUUACUUGUAUGAUUAUAACUUUCUGUGAAAAAUACAAAUAUUAUAAUAGCGAGGGUGCUGGAAUGUCACAGACUAUCUGUUGGUUAUUUUGGAGCAUAAAUGGGAUACUUUGUGGCAUUUACAUGGUUUUAUAUGCAUACUAAUAUAAUAAACUAUGCCAAAUCAAA